UAUUGGCGCAAAAUUUUAGACGAUUUAGUACGAUGUUAAAUCAUUUUUAGUAUGAUACUAGGUUAAAAAAAGGAUUUUGAUAAUUUUAAACGAGUUUAGUAUCGUACUAUCUUCUUAACAUUUUACUAAAGUUAAAAUCACCAAAUGGCUACUUUAUCUUUUUAGUAUCGUAUUAAAUCUAUGUCAUACAGAUUUUUCUUGUCAUUUUUCUCAAAUGUGACAGUGUUUUAAAAUUAAUAAAUUGUGAAAUAAAAUUUAUUUAUACAUAUCAUAAAAAGUAAAUUAAUUUAAAAUGUUUUCGGAAGAAGAAGAUUUUGAAAUGUUUAAGGAUUCAGUGUUGUGUAGGAAAGUUAAAAGUUUUAAAACUCGAGCAAAUCCUCUUGAAGAGCUGGACGAUGGUGAAUUUUACUCCAGGUAUAGAUUUGAUAAAACAACUGUUCGGUUCUUGGUUGAAAAUCUUGACAUCCAAGACCCUAUUACAAACCGUGGGCUACCUAUUUCUCCAGAUUUGCAAGUUCUAGUUACGUUACACUUUUUUGGAAGAAAUGUCCAUCAAUCUGAUGUUGGAGCAUUACAUGGAAUGGUGCAGUCCACAGUGGGAAAAAUAAUUAAAAACAUCGCAAAAAGAAUUGCUUCACUACUUCCACACUUUAUACAGUUCCCAUCUUCCCCUGCGGAGUUGAAUGACAUCAAAUCCGGAUUUUACAAUAUCGCCAGGUUCCCAAAAGUCAUAGGUGCAAUCGAUUGCACUCAUGUGCAAAUCAAGCGACCAGCUAGGAUUGUGGGACCUAUUAUGGCUGGCCACUACAUAAAUAGAAAAGGUAGAUAUUACAUUCCUAACUAAAAAAAAUCGA